CAAUGAGUAAAUUUCAAUUCGAGCCUCACAUCGGAAGUGACUGUUAUGUGGGAGACGUCCAGAAAUAUAAUAUUAAAAAACUUGUGCAAAAACUCGACUUUUACUCAAUUAUGUCAAUCUCAAUAAUCAGUGGCAUGUGUGCACUCAUAGGUUUGGCCACAAUCUGCGAUCUCUCGCAAGUCUAUCUCGACUCGGCUUCUCCACCUACAGAAGGCAUAGUCGAUUAUGAGUUGUCAACCCUGAGUAGUGUCGGUUUGCUGACGGCGUACACGACAAGCGUUUACGCCAUCAGAUGUAACGGAAGAGUAAAUUUAGUCAAAUAUGUGGCGAAACGGUUGAUACGAUUACUGCCGCCCAUUGUAUUACCAAUUUUGUUGAUGUCUUUAAUGCCUUUACUGCCAAACGGCGGACCCGUUUACAACUCGAGCACAACGCGAAUGCGGGAUAAUUGUGCCCAAAACUGGUGGAAAAACUUGCUAUUUAUUAGCAAUUUAUUGGAUCCAAACGAUACCAGGCCCAAAAUGUUCAAUUUGUUUGCCAUAACUCUGCGAAAUUCCAAACGACUUACGGCU